AUUUCCUGGGCAUGACCAACACUCUCGAAGAUCUGCUGUUCUUCCUCGCAUUGACUGUGGCGACGAUGAACUCAUACGAGAUGGACACGUUGUCGGCGGACCUGGCGCGAGCGCUGCCGGAUGUGUUUGGGGCGUAUGGUAUAUAUGGCUUGUAUGCAGGGGUGGCUGUCCUCGUGUGGCUCGUGAGCUACCUCGUCGUGAUCUCUUUGGAAAUCCACCCACUCGCCGCCCACGAAGGUCUGGUCUACACCCAGCCGGACUCCGUCUCCCGACUCAUGAGCAUCUCGUCGCUGUUUUUCGCACUCCUAUGCGUCUUGACCCCGCCUGUGGACGUUUACGUGGCGACGACGCGUCACCUGAAUCAAGCCAAGGCCAUCGGAACGUUCUACAACGUCCUCUUCGUCGUGCUUCUGCUAUACUCGUUCCUCCUUUCGCCCUUUGCGUACUUUUAUUCCAAGCAAAGCGAAAUUCACCACAUUACACGGUACUCCACGUCGCAGCGCCUCGCAAGUGCGCUGAAACGCACGGCGUGCUUCCUCUGCUUUAUGCUGAUCCUCAUCCUCGCUGUGCUUGUGAUUGUGCUCGGUGGCAAGCCCAAGACAAGCGACAUUGAGUGGCUCAAGCCACUGUUGGACCUCCAAACUGACGCUACGCUCACGUUGCAUGUGUUCCUCGGACUCGUUCUGAGCAUGGGUAUGAUCUUGUGGAUCUGGCUGGGGUGCCGUGCCCUUGCCACGGUACCUGUCGACGGAUUUCUCCGUCCUCGACAGAACGACCGCGCUGCGUUGAGCUACCUCAUGGAAGAAAUCGAAUUGGAGGCGCACUCAAUCGAGAGGGCGCGGCAAUCCGUCCUGCGCAAGUUCACUGCCACCGGGGUAAUGUCGGACGUCGACCAGGCACGGCUGGAUGAACUCAAGAAUCGGGACCAGGUGCUGCUCGAGCGCCGACGGGUGUUCGCCAAGCAGUCCAAGAAGUGGUUGUGCUGCACAUCCCUCGUGUGGCGCCUUCCCUUUGGGAUCUUGCUCAUGUUGGUGUCGAUUCUGAUCAUACUGUCGCUGCUGCUGACAUCCAUUGACCGACUCCUCCACUCCAACUACAAGUCUGGUUUUAUCAUCGACCACCCAUUGAUUCCAAACCCCAUUGACUUCGUCCUUGUCCUGGCCUCGCGGGUAUUUCCUCUCGACUACGCGAUCUUUGCCAUUUGCUUCUUGUACAUCUUCGUCGUGUCGUUUGUGUGGCUUGGUCGCCACGGCUUCCAGUUUCUGUGCUUCCGCAUCGAUCGGCUCCACCGCCACCACACGUCGCCAUCAACACUCGUGCUCGCCACGUUGAGCACGGUCUACUUGGCCCUCGUCGGUCUCUUCUCGCUCCCGACGCUCGCACCGCAGUACACCGCGUUCGGCCAUCAACAAUAUGACAGCAAUGGCACCUCCGUUCCGUGUUCGUUCAAUGUGACAGCCGACCCCACCUUCAUGUGCAAGCCAUCGCAGCUGUCGCAGAUUUACAAUGGAUUUGCAGUCAGCGUGCCGGUGGCAGGCACAGCGUUCGUCGUCGCUCAGGUCGUGUGCGCCCUCAUGUUUGUCCCAUUUGUCAUUCAAGCAUUUUUGAUUGCGGAUGUCCACACGAGCGACGGGUCUCCCUCCGAUGACCCCAAGCGAGAAGCGUUGCUGAAGCGAUAAGUUACACGAUACGUGUUUGUUUCGUGUUGAGGUCCAGUGGACGGCAAUCAUGCGUAUGCAGGAAGGCCCACCCUAGACCAGUGCCCGUGAACGAGAAUCGUUGGUAGAC